AUGGAAGUUUCUAACGAAAUAAAGGAAGAUAUUCGUAAAACACAAACGGAUUUGAAAAAUGCAAUACGCAUUCAUCAGAUAUGGGUGACUCGUUUGGAAGAAGAUGAAAAUAAUAUUCAACUUAAGUUUAAAGUAAAUGAAGCUGAAAAAGAAAUUAUAGCCAUAAGUCAGGCUCAAAAAUUGGUAGUAGAUAGACUCCGGAAGGAAUUAGAAUUAUAUCAACAAAGACUGAGAUCCAGAAAUAAACAAGUCAGUAUAGAAAACGACAAUAAAUAUGUAGCUCAACAGCUUAGGGAUCAUCAGAUGCAAUAUCGGAAUAGAAACCGUAAUAUAUCAUUACUAAAACCAUCGGUACUCAAUGAAAUACAUAUCAAAACCGAACACAAUGAUAACAACUCGGAUUCAGACAACGAAAAUAAAUACGAAAAGGAAAACGGGAAUAGUGAAACGGAUGAAAAAGAAAAAUACUCACAAAAUUAUAAUCAGAUACCAAAUUUAGUAUUGGGCGGCCGAAGUAACUUAACUCAUGCAUUGAACAAAGUCAAAGAAUCUUUGAUUGAAAAUAACUUACAAGAAUGUCAAUGGGAAGAACAAAGAUCUGAUUCCGAUUCAACGUUUGAUUUGUCUCCGACACCUUCCCCGCCACCUUUGCCCGAGCCAGGAAAACCUAUUAUUAAAGAAGUGUUCAUGAGGUUGAUUGGUUUAAUAACUCCGGCUCAGAAAGAAAUAAUUGAGAGGAACAGAAAUGAACGUCGCAAGAGAUCAACAAAUAAUUCCAACAAGAAUGACUUUAUAUAUGGAAGCUAUGAAAUGAUGCCUAAACGUAAAAAAUUAAAUCAAUUCCCGUAUCUCCAAAGCCACAGUGAUCCGCCCCAGACGAGAUCUGCUAAAUUACGACAACAGCAGAAUCAAAACAAAUCAUCAAGAGAAGGUUCCCCAUCCGGUUCAUGUUCUGAAGUUAAAGGUUGGGGUAACAACAAGCCCGCAUGGUUGGCCUCUCUCCCUGCGGGUUUGUCCGUUGAACCAGUUUACUCUCCUACCAAAAAAGUGUGUCACGGCUGUGGAAGGAAUGAUGUUCCAUCUCUCCUCGUAUGGUGUUCAUCCUGUACAGUGUGGCUACAUACAGGGUGUUCAACGAGCGGUCGGUGUAGUUGUGGAGCUACGCUGCCUGACCCGGCGGAAUGCAGCGCGAAUUCUAACAGCGAUGAUAUAUAUAGAGAUAAAUUAGCGGAAAGGAAGAGAUUACAAGAAAAGAACAUAGAACUCUGUAAGGAAUUGCGCAAAUUAGAAGCCAGGGCAGCGACUUUGAAGGAAAAUUUGGACGAACAUAACGCAGAGAAACGACAAUUAUUAGCUGAUCAGAUAAAAACACAGAAGAAUUUACAGAAAUUACUAGACUUUAUAAGCCAGUUUAAAGAGACCUCUAUAAGUAUACGUUCAACAUCAGUUAGUGAGUCUAGCAGUGAAGUUAGUAAAAGUAAUGAAGAAUGA